AUGCGAUUAUCAUCACAACGACGCCGACCGGCGCGACGCCCUCGGCUGAUAAGCUCAGCUGUUGCGUCUCUGGCAAUGUUUGCUCCCUCAAUCACGUCCGCCUUUAAUAUUACUGCAGCUCCUGCCGCAAAUCUCGAUUUCUCACAGCUGGGGAGCAUAGGCAUUGCUGGAGACUUCAACGGAAUCUCACUCUAUCAGUUCCAGGAGCAGAUCGCACAACCCUUGAGCACAAAUGGCAGCGAAUACCUGCUCACACAAACGCCAAAUGGCGUCCUCGCUCCCAUCGCCGCAACCGACGCGUCGAUACUGGCCAUGUGCUCAAUAACACUCAAAGAUGGCGCCGAGGGCGUGGUGCUUGGUGGUAAUUUUACGAGCUUGGACGGCAUCAAGUCAACGGCCAUCGCCAUCUACAAUGCGAACACAACAAGUUUUACUCCACUCGUGGGACUGGAAGGCGAAGUCAACGCUCUCUUGUGUGAUGAUUCCAAGGGAAUUGUGUAUAUUGGUGGAAAUCUCAAAGGGGGGAAUUCGACAAAUGCCAUUGCGUGGAAAGUGGACGGCGGCUGGACGAAUCUUCCCUUUGCCGGCUUCAAUGCCCCCGUGAGCUCCAUUACAAAAGCAAGCAAUGGUCAUGUUAUUUUCGGCGGAAGCUUCACUGGUCUAGGCAAUGUCACUGCGCCAAACAAGCUUGAUGGCCAGGCUAUCAACCUGUCCACUGCAAAUAUCUCGGCCGAGAAUACCGCAACCACCAAAGGUUUCGACAACCCCAAGAGUGUUGUCUGUUCUGAUGGGUCUAGCGGCUCAGGUAAGACUUGGUUGCUGCAAGACGAGACACCUGGCACUUGGCAGGCGAAUUUCGACUUUGGCUUUGAGCCCACAAAGCUGCGGCUUUGGAACACGCAUCAAGAUGGACGGGGUACGAAAACAUUCCGCUUCGUCGCCUUACCACUCGACGGUAUCAUGAACUUUACCUACAUCGAUCCUGCCACGGGCAAAAACUCCAGCUGUACAAGCCAGUGCCCGCUAAGCAACGACCCCAAAGUGAAAUUUCAAGACUUUCAUUUUGUUAAUAGAAUUGGCAUGAACUCUUUCCAGAUUGAUAUUUCAGCGUGGUACGGAAAAGGAGCCGGCCUCAACAGCAUCCAAUUAUUUGAAGAUAACAUCUUCUCUUACGCUAUCAAUUCUUUCAACGAGCCGUCCUGCAACACCAGUUUCCCUUCCAGCGCCACAGCUACAGGCCCUUGGACGCAGUCAGCUUCUUUACAAAGUGAUUCAAAAUAUCUGACAGCACAGCUUUCCAGCCCCAUCACCUCGAAAUCUGCAUCCGUUGUUUUCGUGCCCAACAUUAUCGAAUCUGGUAACUACUCCGUCAACAUGUAUACCCCUGGCUGCAUACCUGAUGGCUCGUGCCAGACCAGAGGUCGUGUUAACAUUACCGGCCUCAUGUCGACUGGCACUAUUCAAUCAGAAUUCACUACUUCAAUCUUCCAAACCAAUAACUUUGACAAAUAUGAUCAAAUCUAUUUCGGUUACAUUGAAAAGACCUCAGAUACCUUCAAGCCAAAAGUCACGCUUACCCCCCUCGACGGACAAGAUUUGAGCGAAAUGACCUUUGUAGCUCAAAAGGUUGGGUUCACCCUUCUUAACUCGACCGGGAACCUCAACGGUCUCUUCGACUUCGAUCCGAGCAAAACAAAGAUUAGUGCGGACAGCCUGGACGAUUCUCCGUUCAACCAACUUGGCGCAAGCUUCGAUCAGAAUACCGGCGUUAAUUCCUUGGCAACAUCGGGAGACGUCACCUAUAUCGGCGGUAACUUCACUUCAGAUGCGCACCAGAAUUUCGUCGCCAUCGAUACCAAUGGUAAAAUUAUGGAUAUCAAUGGAGGUCUCAAUGGCCAAGUGCUGGACAUGUACCUUCAAGACACGCAUUUAUUUGUGGGAGGAGACUUUACGAACUUGCGGUCCAAGGGGAAGAGCGGCCUCAACCAUGUGGCCAUAUAUGACACCAAGAGCCAGGCUUGGAACCCACUGGGUGCAGGCGUGAACGGUAGAGUCGAGCAGGUUGUGGCAUUCCAAGUCAAUAUUAGCAGCGUUACGGAAAAUGCCAUCGCCUUGACGGGCUCCUUCUCUGAAUGUGAGGCUUUUGGCAGAUUUGAGGCGGUGCCUGUUGACGGCUUUGCGGUGUGGAUGUUAUCCGAAGGGAACUGGCUGCAGAAUCUACAAGGCGCGAACCCCGACUUUGGCGGCAUGCUCACAGCUUCUCAACUGAACCUUACCACCGGCAAUUCUCUCUUUGCAGGCUCCAUGGAGUCUUCGCAACUAGGAGCAAGUGGCGCUGUCACCCUGUCUGAUGAGGGCCUUGGCCAGUUCCCAGUGAACAUUCAGCCUGGAGUGCAAUCGUCGAGCAAUAAGCGACGACGUGAUCUCUCUCCCGAACCCACAUCAGGUGUUCUCACAGGCACGUUCUAUACCGGAAACAGCAGCAACAUUACAGUUCUCGCAGGCCACUUCUCAGCUCGAUCCCCCAACGGCUCUACCAUUAAUAACCUAGUGCUCAUCGAUGGCACAAACAAUGGCACCAUUAGCGGACUCGGAUCCGGAAUAUCUUCUGAGUCGGUAUUCACCUCCGUUGCUCUUCUUGGAAGCGUCCUUUACGCUGGUGGCAACAUCACCGGUACUGUCGACGGCAGCAGUGUUGGUGGACUCAUCGCUUACGAUAUUGAAUCCAAGUCUUUUUCCAAGCAACAACCUGCGUCACUGCUGGGCGGGAACCACACAGUCUCUGUCGUCAGCGUUAGGCCUGGUACUGCAGAGGUCUACGCCGGCGGCUCGUUUGAGAAUGCGGGUGCGUUGGACUGCCCUGGUGUUUGUACGUAUGAUACCAACACUGCUCAAUGGUCAAGGCCCGGUACCACUUUGGCUGGGCGGGUUAGCAGCUUUCUGUGGCACAGCAAAACUCAGUUGAUUGCUGGUGGUGAUCUUCGUACCAACGGAACCAACACAAGAUUCCUUGCCCUUUACGAUGCCGAUCAACAGUCCUGGACGGACUUUGCAGGCGCUACUCAGAUCCCCGGCCCUGUCAAUGCCAUUACAGCCGGCUCAAACGACAAUAGCCAGAUCUGGGUCUCAGGCAACUCGCCGAAUGGGUCCGCCUUUAUCAUGAAGUAUGACGGCAAACAAUGGCAGAGCCCUGAAGUGCCACCUCCUCAGGGCAGUGUUAUCCAAAGUCUGCAGAUUUUUACAGUAACCAAAGCUCAUGCUUCAUCGAAUCUUCUUGACGACAAGCAAGUUUUGAUGCUCACUGGCUCUAUACCCUUUGCCAAUGUUGGAAUGGCUUCGGCCGUCAUUUACAACGGCACCGCCUACCUUCCUUUUGCUCUAACCAGCACCGAUACUGGAGCUGGAAGCAUUGCCAGGAUAUUUUCGCAAAAAGAUAACUUCUUUACAUCUAGCACUAAACACUUGGCGCUUGUUUUCGUCGUUCUCAUCGGCCUCGCCAUCGCACUAGCACUCAUUCUUAUCCUAGUCGCUUCAGGAAUCAUUCUUGAUCGGAUACGCAAGAAGCGCGAAGGAUACACGCCAGCACCCACAUCCAUGUAUGAUCGUGGAAGCGGCAUUCAGCGGGUGCCUCCGCGCGAACUGCUCGAGCAACUCGAGAGAAGCCGACCUGGCGAAGCCCCGCACGUAUAA